AUGCACACAUCAACAGCAUCCACACCAAGAGCAGCAGCGCUGCUGAUCGCAGCCACGCUCCUGGUCCUCGCCUCUACCACCCAAGCGCAAGUCUCAUCCGCAUUCGCAGGUACCAGCUUCCCGCUCUCGUCCUUCUCGGUCAGCCAGACAUUCACGCCCGUCACCACGUACGCCAGCGCCUCAGGCGGCAACCCCACCGUCAUUGGCGGGCCCGGCCCCUCCCCCGCCACAGCCUCGUACCAGUUUACCUACACCGUCCCCACCGCCACCGUCCCCGCCAUCUUCCCCUCGCAGGUGUAUCAGAGCCUCGCAUCGAGUGCCGGCUACAACACGGCGAGCAACGCCAAGGACCUUGUGCCUGAUCCGAAUCACUUGCAGAUCGCCAAUGGUGCCACCGAGGUGUUGAACGUUGCCGCGGCAAAGGCGAUGUUUGUGACCGUAGCGGCUGCAGCGGUUGCGAUGGUUAUGGUGCUUUAA